AUGGCGGCCUCCGUCGACGAAUUGAAGAUGACGAUGCAGGCCAUGGCGAAGCAGUUCGCCGGGUUCCAGGACAUGAUGUCCACCGCCUUGGACAAGCUUGGAGCGCUCGAGACCUGGAAGGAGACGACGGACGGGUCGCUCGGCACCCUAUUGCAGAAGACCACGGCGACGGCGACUCGGGUCGAGGAGACGAUGUCGCGUGUGUCUUGCCUCGAGUUUCGUCCUCCACCACCACCGCCGCCACCUCAUUGGAGCGCACAACACCAUCCUCCACCAGUUGCGGAGUGGAGCGCGCAACAUCCGCCACCAGGUGCGGUGGGUCUCGACCUCAACACGGCUCCCGGAGCGUCGUCAAGUGCGACGCCUCUGCGACCGAACUCACCCAUGGGGCACAGCGAUGACAAUCAAAUCCGGGAUGCUGGCGGUGGAAUCCUUGGAUUUCCCCCGCCUCGCCCGGGCAACGGUACGCACUAUGGUCCCGUUCCCCAACCCCUUCUAGUUCAGGCACCUGCUUCUGAUGAGGAUUCUAGACAUCACAAUCCCCCGUUUCCGAAGAUGGAAUUCCCCAAAUUCGAUGGAUCUAAACCGUGUCGAUGGCGUGAUCAAUGUGAACUUUAUUUCGAGACCGUGCAGAGGCGUGGCCGGAUUGCCGAGUGGGAGAAGCUGUGCGAGAUGGUGAUGGCAAAAUUUGACAAGGAUCAGUACGAGGUACUUCUUCGCCAAUUCAAUGCCCUGAAGCAGACCGCCUUGGUGCUGGAGUACCAGGCGGCGUUCGAGACGCUGGCCCAUGGCAUGUUGCUCUACAACCCGGCAUACGAUGACACCUUCUUCAUCACGCGAUUCGUGGGUGAUCUCCGCGAUGACAUCAGGUCAGCGCUGCUGCUUCACCGGCCUUACGACGUCGACACCGCGAGCGCUCUGGCGCUGAUUCAGGAACAAGAACGAGAGCACGAACAUUCGAAGUCUUCUGGGCGGGAUUUCACCAAAUCAACUACGCGUUCAGGGAUUGCUGUGGAGAAGCAAAGAGCGAUGGACACAACCAAACCUGUGAUCAAGGCUCACAAAUCAGAAGCUGAGGAUUAUCUGGCUAGCCUCAAGUCUUUCGGGAGAAGAAACGGAUUAUGCUUCAAGUGUGGUGAGAAGUGGAGCCCUGCUCAUACUUGUCUCCCUCACAUUUCAUUACAUGUGUUGGAGGAGUUCCUGGAUGCCUUGGACAUUGUGCAAUCUAAUGAUGAUGAUGAGAGUGAGGAGGAAUCAGCUGUCGAAGACCAGGAGGUGUUAGCUGUCCAAACUGAACCUAAUCCUCAAACAAUCAACAGACAGACACUGAAGUUGUUGGCUCAAAUUGGGAAGAACAAGGUGCUUGUGUUGGUUGAUUCAAGAAGUGUUGGGACCUUUCUGAUGGAGGAUUGA